UGCACGAUUUAGCGACCAACAGUCAAGAUCAGAAUACACCAGGAUGUGAUGAUUAACUGUGGUAUAUUCAACAUGAUUGAAAGUUUCUCUGAAUUUAUGGAUCUGGCAACCUCCGCGGAUGUUCGAUCUCAAAUACGAUUGCUCAAGCGUGACAAGAUGGAAGAGCUCAAGCCCUGGUAUGGAAUAGAAGAAAGUAUAAGAAGGCUCGAGUAGCUCUUAUAAUAACGUCAAACAUUCAUUCGCUCCCAUUAUUGCACAGGUUCUUCACCCGAGACUUCAUCUACCAUCUACCUUCAGCAGAACUAGAUCAGUCAACAAUGUCACUUUUAGAUUUCGUCUCCUUCACCAAAACAUGGCACAAUGAACCCUACCCGGCAAUCGAUCCCAAGAGACCUGAAUUGAGCGCCAAGGGGAAGUUCGUCGUUGUCACCGGCGGUGGGACAGGCAUCGGCAGAGCCAUUGCUGUUGCGUUCGCAGAAGCCGGUGCCCAGACUAUCGCCAUCGUCGGAAGACGUAUCGACAGGCUGGAGGGCGCCGCCGCCGAGAUCAACAAGGUGGCCACAGCCAACAAUGUGAAAGUUCUUUUCGAAAGCGCCGAUAUGAGCAAGCGCGCCAGUCUGGACGCCGCAGUAGAAAACCUCACAAAGAAAGCCGGUGGUUCCGACGUCAAGGUCGAUAUAUUUAUCCACAGUGCUGCUGUUACUCAAGAUCGAGGGAAUGUUAAAGGCUAUGACGAGUCCAGUUAUCGCUAUGGGCUCGAGCUGAACGUCCUCGGCGCGUUCAAUGCUUUGCAGGCUUUUGCUCCUGUGCUGACUGCCGAUGCCCAUAUCUACAACAUCUCGUCGGGCAUGGCGCACAUUGCGCCGAUCUGGAUCGAUGACUGGGCGUAUGCUGCUGGAAAAGCUGCGGUUGUGAAGAUGUUCGACUACUUACAGGCGCAGCAGCCAGAGUGGCAUGUUGUUCAACUCCAGCCUGGAGUGGUUAGCACGGAGCUCAAUGCGAGUUUUGGUGUCGUGGGACCGGAUACGCCUGAACUUUGUGGCCACUUUGCUGUCUGGCUCGCUUCACCAGGAGCCGCCUUCCUCAAGGGCAAAUUUGUUUGGGCCAAUUGGGACGUCGAGGAACUCAAGGCUCGAGCUAACGAGGUUCAAAGCUCGAGCUUGCUUAGAGUGGCGUUGAAUGGAGUGGAUAUGUAGAGCAAAGUGGUUGCAUGAUACAUUCAAGCGCUUUCUCGCUUACCUGUAGAGAGUUCUGGGAGGGUUGGUAACAUAGACCAUGGGUCUGAAGUUAGUCCGGAUGAUGUAGAGAGAUUACAAUGCUUGGCACUUCGAGCAAUACGUAAUUAUUUGAAACAGUCGAUAAAAUAAAUCAGUGACGUGAAC